CAAAAUUUCAAAAAAACAUUGUUGAGUUUUAUACACGCUGCACAUGUAAAAUUGUUAAAUGGGAAACUUUUCGAUAAACAAACCCGAAAAAUGUCGUUUUUUAUAAAAGGAAAACAAUCUGGCGGAGUCAAAAGGGGUCAGGCCCCGAACCGCAAAGCCAAGAAACGGAAACCCGACUCGAGAGCAUCGAAAAAUGAAGAAAUAACCAGCAGUGAAGACGAAGAUUUAAUUGAGGACAAAGUUGAGGAUUUCAGUGCUUCCGAGGACGAAAACGAGACUGCUCAAGAGAAAAAAGUUCGUCUAGCUAAAGUGUACCUUGAAGAAAUCGAACGGGAAGAAAAGGCGCGCCUCGAAAAAGAGGAAAUAGAUCAAAGUGUUAUAUCUAAAAGACUCAAAGAAGACUAUCUUAAGGAAACUGGUAAACUAAGAUUAACUGUAGCAGAUAAAUAUAAACAGCAAAUAGACUUAAAUACCAUUAAAACCCUCAAGUGUAAACAUCAGAGAAACAGUUUAACUUGUUCAUGUAUUUCAAGCGAUAAUGAGUUUUUAUUCAGUGGAAGCAAAGAUGGAGUUGUAAUAAAAUACUCUCUAAAAACUUUUUUAAAAGUUGGACACAUACCUUUUGUCCAGAAUAACAAUACUAAGGACCUAAUAGGGCACUCAAGUGAAAUUUUGAGCUUGGCCAUAUCAACAGACAAUAAAUAUUUAGCAGUAGGUGACAAAAUAGGAAAUGUUCACAUUUGGGAUCCAAAUACAUUGAAACAUAUUAAAACACUUACUGGACAUAAAAAUUCAAUUUACGGUUUAUGUUUUAAAAAAGAAUCCCACACACUAUAUUCUUGUAGCAAAGAUAAAACAAUAAAAGUUUGGAGUUUGGAUGAAAUGGCUUACGUAGAGACACUAUUUGGACAUCAGGACAUAGUGGCUUCAAUUGAUACACUUUAUAGAGACAGGGUGGUCACUUCAGGAGGUCAUGAUUUAAGAGUUUGGAAAAUCACUGAAGAAACUCAAUUAAUUUAUAAUGGACAUUUGGGUAAUAUUGAUAAUGUUAGACUCAUCAAUGAAGAACAUUUUGUAUCUGCAGGAGACGAUGGACAAAUUUGCAUUUGGAGUGUCAUGAGAAAAAAACCUUUACAAUGCAUUGAAAGUGCACAUGGAAAAGAGUUAUUGAACGAGCAACCCAGAUGGAUAACUGCCGUAGCAGCCCUAAUGAAUACAGAUUUAAUCGCCUCUGGUUCAUAUGACGGCUAUGUCAGGCUAUGGAAACUUGAAGAUACAUUUAAAAAAUCCAAGGAAAUAUCCAAAAUUCCUGUCGAUGGAAUUGUUAAUGCUUUGUGUUUUACUUCUGAUGGAUUAAAGCUUUUAGUCUCAGUCAGUCGAGAUUACAGAUUGGGCAGAUGGAACACAGUUAAAACUGCUAAAAAUUGUAUACUUGUUAUACCUUUUAUUAUUUCUAGUUGAUUGUUACAGUUGAAUAAACCUUUUUCCUGGAACAAGUA